CCACAGGCUGACGACCUGAACGACUGGGUUCAAUCUCAUCGAAUUGAAUCAGCGGUGCCCCCCGAUUGCCCCUCUAUACAGAGCACCACGGAGUGCCUGUUAUAUCUUGUUGAUGUCUCCGCAAUUAUGCGCGCUUGAACGAUCCUCCGCCGCCAAUUCACGACGAUGAUCCCGAAACCAACCACCGGUGCUGCGCUCCCCUCGCGAGGCGCUCUCCAUGUACUCCGACGGCUAGCAUUAGCCGGUUCAACGGUGGGGGCGAUUGGAAGUGCCUGUACGGUCGCUACUAUCAGCUACGAGGUCAAUCGCCGAGUUCAGUUAGCGGAAAACCUCGUCGAGAAUAAGCGCAGCCUUAAGACAACAUGUCCGAACUACGAUUCAACGGCGAGGGGGGCAAUGGUCGCCAAAAUGAUGGAAGCAGCCGAAGCCGGAGAGUUUGUAGGCAUGGAUUCGUUUCGGCAGAAAGGAGUCAGUGAAGUUAACCGGGACCAGUCGGAUAAGAGGACAUUGGGCGAGCUGAACAUGAGAAAUUCAUCUGAGUUGAAUGACCCUGAGAGCAAAGGAACCAGACGUCGAAGGGGAGAGGAAGCGUUGGCUUGGAUGCAAUCUUUACACGAGCCUUGGAAUACUCGACUUUACGGUCCCCGUCCUACCACUCGCAGGUCAAACAGCAACGUAGACGACGCGAGUUUCACCAACUUAUUGGCGGAGCUGCAAUCGAAGAAUGCAGCCCAGAAUCGACCUGAGCACGGUGCAGAAGAUAUCCCCGCUUCUCUACCUCUAUAUAACCUACGAUAUCACGACAACGCAGCCGACAACGCCAUUCUUGCCGAAAAACUGCUGCUACAAGGCAAGCCGGUUGAAGCGGCGCAACGAUUCUUACGUGCAUACCCGACAGCAUCUCCUAACUUGCCUGAGGAAGCAAAACAGCUCUGUGUUCGACUCUUCAAUGGAAAUCUUGAUGCAGAGAAUGUACAUCUGGCGCAUCGCCUCUUCCGCUGGAUGGAUCCUGCCCACGUGAUAUCUCAAGAGGCCUGGGAGUCCCUUAUUGCGGCUCUAGCGAAGAAAUGGAAUCUAGAAUCGAUAGCAACUCUUUAUACGGACCAUGCUGACCAGUUUGAACUCUCGAAACCACUCCGAUAUUCGGUCUUACGGUCACUUACAGAUUCUUUCCGAUUAGAGGAGGCUAGGACGAUGAUUUUCAGGUUUUUAAAGGACGAUUCCGAAUGUACCCUAUGUGCCGUCUAUCUUGGCAAAUUAUGGAAGAAAACGCGCAACGCUGAACUCGUGGAGGCGCAGUUUAAGGCGAUAUUUUCAUCAUUCGAAGAAAACAACAUGCAAGUGUCGAAAAUAUUGUUCAACGCUCUCCUGGAGGCGUAUGUUGAGUCCGGAAAAGACGAACAUGCCGAUGAGUUGGUUGAAAAUAUGAAAUCAAAAUACAACUUCUCUCUUCCGGCCAGAACUCUGGGGCUGUUGGCAUAUGGGCGUGCCUUAAAGAGCGACUGGGAUGGAGUGGAGAGUUAUUUUGAAGAAAUCCACAAACUUGACGGACACCCUGACGGAAAAUGGUUCGCGAAGAUUUUUGACCGAGUAUUUCUGGAAUAUUUUUUGGGAAAUUCUGCAUCCAACAUUCGGGACUUUGUCUUGCGUGCCAUUGAAAAGUACGACCUCGUCCCAGAUAAAGUUUUGUUUGAGCACAUUGUCCAAGCGUACAUCCAGAAAGGAAGUCCAAAAAUGGUCCUUGAACUUAUCGAUGUCGCAGAAAGUCGGUCCUGGCCAGUCAUGAUGAAACGGGACCGCUUCAUUGAUCUGCUUCGAAUUCAACGGCAAAAUUGUGGUAAAGCCAAUGUCGGACUGUGGCAGAUGUUCCGUAGGUUUGGACGCUUCUCCACCUCGCAACGCAUCCUCGGCUAUAACAAAGACUAUUUUCCUACUGGAAAAUCCUUCGAUUCUCUUGGAAAGACUGCGCCAACUGUGUGGUCGCGAAAACUCAACUCGAAACUUCCGUCGAGGGACUUUAAUCAUUUUCCUGCUCUAUAUCAACAAAUGAUUCAUUGUAUGCACGUUGGUUCGAUGGACAAAGCCAUUGAACUCUACAAUGAGGCAAAAAUGCUGGGUAAAGUCAUGGGCGAACUCGAUAUUGACCUAGCUUUGACCGCGACAAUUGUUCAUCACGGAUCCCUCGAGCAGGCGAAAUCCAUAUUAGCCGAGGAGAAAGAUUCCUUCCCCUGGAUCGACAAAUCUUCGAUGCCCCCUUUUUUCCAAAAGCUAUUGACCGCCGGUAGCACGUCGGAGGCUGAAGCAUUGACGAUGGCCAUUUUGAAUUUCUAUAGAAUUCUCGAACGCCAGAUCCUCCCAAUCAAGCAUCAUGUGACUGUCUCGACAUGUAGCAACUUGAUUCGACGUAGGAGGACCAAAAAUGCCCUGCGGCUUAUCCGAGCUGUUAACCGAUCCAAGUUUGGAGGGACAUCGCCGUUCGACUCGGUCGCGGUGCUGAUGAUUGCGAAAGCAUCUUCUAUUAUAGGGAACCUCGCGGGAAUUCGCUGGGCUAUUCUCACAGCGCUGAAACGUGAUUCGGCGCUGAGCAAAGACCUUGUGGCUGAGAUACAUCAGACUAUUGAACGCUUUAAAAGCCGCUCGCCAGUUGCUUCGCUUUCGGGCGACUACGGUCAAGAAGUUAAGUAUCUUGAAGACCUAGCGGAAAUUCUUAACCAAAAGGAGCUCUAUAUUGCCGCACGCAAUUCACGUCGAGCUCCUCCACCGCCGGGUCCAGAUCCUUAUACUCCAGAUCCUAACCAAUCCCAAAGCGCUGGUUUUGUCAUCCCAGAAAUUACUGACCCAAAUGGGCACCUCUUGUCGGACACGCUUGGAACCUGGUUAGAGAGAGUGCAACUAGAACAUGCACUCACAGCUAAUAACCUCACUUUUUCGAAAUAACGAUUAUAAUUAUCUCAUCUUUUUUUUGAUACUCCCGCCAGAUUUUGGAUGGAGGUACUGAUGCAUCUGACUCUAUGCGAGGUGAUGAGAAAUUUUCUUUUUUUUUUUUUUAAUUCAUAUGCUCUGUUGAAGGAUCAAGCAAACUAUGGGCUAUUAUUUACGCAAGUGCUUUGAAGAACCAAAAGAAGUUUUAUCUGUGGCUGCUUUUACAUCUUUUCACCUUAGACUUCUCCCCCUUUUGAGAUCGGCGGUGCCAGUGUGGAACGGGCAAAUCCUAGGAAAAGGACUUGGAGUUAUCUUAUCUUCAUCUCAUUGAUUUAUAUGCCCCAGGCUACACUACUGUACAGUAUGUAUAUAACCAUCUUCUGUUUAUG